CGCCUGGGAGUGGCUGCCGCAACGAGCUUGCGAGGGAACACUUUGGCUCCAGUGUUCCACCGUCCGUGCGCGCCGGCAACCGCGAAAACCCACGGGUCCAGGCUGUCCUAUUCCGCAACACGCGGCCCAGCACGCCGGCACCCAUCGAUCUCCGCAGCAGCCCAAGGUGUAGCAUGCCGGUGGAAGGUGCAGCGCCCGGACGAAGGCGCGCGUGCGGCCGACGUACUCGUGAUCGGGCCGACAUGCUUGACCGCUGAGCCAUGCGACUGCACGUGCUUGUCCUGCUGCUGCUGGCCUCGGCUGGCGGUGGCUGGUCGCGGGAGCGCUGCGAGGACAUCACGAUCCCAAUGUGCAAGGGCAUCGGCUACAACCAAACGUCCAUGCCGAACCAAUUCAACCAGGACACGCAGGACGAGGCUGGCAUGGAGGUUCACCAAUUCUGGCCCCUCGUGGAGAUUCAGUGCUCCGACGACCUGAAGUUCUUCCUCUGCUCGCUGUACACGCCGAUCUGCAUGGAAGAGUAUGCGGGCAGCGUCCCGGCCUGUCGCUCUGUCUGCGAGAGGGCGCGUGCGGGCUGUGCGCCCAUCAUGCGUCAGUAUGGCUUUGCGUGGCCCGAGCGCAUGAACUGUGACGCGCUGCCGCAGUACGGCGAUGCGGAGCAGCUGUGCAUGGACGCCAAGGAGGGUGCGCGGCCGGACAGCGCCGACACAAGCCUCGUGGUGGCCCCUGCGGUCCCCCCGAGCAAGCCCAGAGGAGGUUCGCGGCCCCGACAGCGCGAGCGGCAGCCCGGAGGCCGGGGCGCGUCGAGCGGUGAUUGCGACUGCCCAUGUCAGGCGCCGCUCAUCAACACGUCCGAUCCACACUUCUACGCGCGCGGGCUGUCGUCGAGGCCGCCGGAGUGCGCGCUGCCCUGCCGGAUGGUGUACUUUAACGGCUAUGACCAGACCUUCGCCACGUACUGGGUGAGCACAUGGGCCGUGCUGUGCUGCGUGUCCACCAGCCUGACGGUGCUCACGUUCCUCAUUGACACGGCUCGCUUCCGCUAUCCUGAGCGACCCAUCAUAUUUCUCUCCUUCUGCUACCUCAUGGUCUCUGUCGGCUACCUGGUGCGGCUGGCCAUGGGUCACGAGCCCAUCGCCUGCGACGGCAACGUGGUCCGCUACUACGUGAGUAGCCGGCCGUUCGCCUGCACGCUGGUCUUCAUCCUGCUUUACUUCUUUGGCAUGGCAAGCUCCAUGUGGUGGGUCAUCCUCACGCUCACCUGGCUGCUGGCGGCGGGCCUCAAGUGGGGCAACGAGGCCAUCGCGAGCUAUUCCCAAUACUUCCACAUGGUUGCCUGGGCCGUGCCCACUGUCAAGACCAUCGUGGCCGUGCUAUUGAGCGCCGUGGAUGGUGACUCGGUCGCCGGCGUCUGCUACGUUGGUAACCAGGACCUGACUAACCUGCGAGCCUUCGUUCUCGGACCGCUCUGCCUCUACCUGCUGUUGGGUACCUCGUUCCUGCUUGCCGGCUUCGUGUCACUCUUCCGUAUCCGUUCCGUUAUUCGUGCCCAGGCACGUGCCAAGGCCGACAAGCUCGAGAAGCUUAUGAUCCGCAUCGGCAUUUUCUCAGUGCUGUACACGGUCCCAGCCACAGUUGUCAUCGCCUGCUACUUCUAUGAGCACCACUACCGAGAGCCCUGGCUCCGCCGCUUGCGCUGCCCCUGCCCACGCAACAACGAGGCCCCCAGGCCGCACUUCUUUAUGUUCAUGGUCAAGUACUUCAUGUGUCUAGUCGUAGGCAUUACGUCUGGCUUCUGGAUUUGGUCCGGGAAGACGUUGGAAUCGUGGUGGAAUUUCUACGCCAGGCUUUGCGGAGGUCGCCGCCGACGAGGCCGCAGCGUCGCCGGUGGAGGAGUUGGUGAUUUUCCAGAUCCCCAUGUGCGAACAUUCAAACAGUCGAUGAGUCCAGUCAGUCACAUCGGGCAGUUGUCCAGCCAUGGCGGCAAGCAGUUGCCGCUGUCACACGUGUGAGUACAGGCUGGUACCCCAAAUUACCAGCGUGCAUCUCGAACCCCUUCCGUCUAGUCCGCCGUUCGGAUCCGUGCUUGUUCUCAGUGCAUCUUGAAGCACCGUCAGCUGCUCGCUUGCUCUCUGAAACCGCACGUGCAAGCCCAGACACUGCCGGUCAGUGAAAUAAUACGUGCCGUGAACCCGUGAGCCCAUCCUAGUUCUUUCACGGAAAGCUGCGUAUGAACUGCGAUUCGUGGCCGCUGUCUGGAAGUCCGUGAAACUGUUUCGCUCAAUGAAGUUCGAAAGGUUAUGUAACGGACGAAGACGCCAAGAGGCUGUCACUCAAACGUUCCAACGAUCAUCUUUUAGCUUUCAUGCGGGCAAUGGGCCCCAGCUGGAAAAUAUUAACCGUAUGAUCAGUUUUGCCAAGUCUCCAAGAUUCAUAUGCGUGUUCGCGACAUAAUUUUUUAUGUUAAUAUACAGCUGAUGUUACAUAGCUCAUUGAUGUAGUCGCGUGGACACCAGUAAUGACUACCACCCACACUAUCUGUUGUACCUCGUGUGUGAUGUGUACCACUUCGUUCGCCACUGAAAAGCGGUAGCACACCUCUCCGUGCUCAAACAUGGGGCUUGAGGUUGCAGGGUUUCGAAUGAAGACCAGAAUGGGAGCUUAUUUGUAGCUUUGGAUCUCUGAGGCAUAGAAAUGCGCAUGUAAAGAAAAGAACGGUUCGUUACGGCAGUGUGUAGUGUAGAUACGUCCAUUCUGACUACUACUAGAAUAUGCUUUAUAGUUUGAUUUAUAUUUACUUGAUGUUGUGUUUUUACAUGGGUAAUACCAGUCUACAUGAACAAAACGCUUUCAGCGCACGAGUGUGUAGGUCUUUUAUUCUCUAUUUUAGAUUCUGUAGCACCCUCGUACUACUUACUCUGCAAUACUGUAACGUGCACUCUGUUACAUAGCUGGAUCUUUUUCGCAAUGGACAAAUGUUCGCUCCCUGCGUGAAGCGUGGUUGAAAUUUUUGUGAAUGAUAAGUGCAAGUUCAAUAUCUGUUUUGUCUCCUGGGGCGUAUCUGUCGAUGAAUCGCCCCGAAUCUCCUGUAGUAGGAGCUUACCGCAGUCGAAACGCGCAAUGGGUGCCGCUGACAACGAGAAAGUCACCUCGUCAGCUCUCCUGCGUUGUAGCCAAGAAUCUUCGCCAAGGCCACGUUAGUGUAUUCGUGUUUGGUGUUUCGUUUCCAGUCGGAGAGCGAACACCUUCUUUGUAAAAGCGGUCGCAGACAGGGCGUCUCGCCGAAUGCCCCAGGAUGUACGCCGGAUGUGCCACCUCGCGGCGAACCGCGCGCUGCGCCCUUCCCGAGAGGAAGGCGACUGACUCAAAACCGGAGAUGGAGGAAUGCCCGCCGUGACUCCGGCUGUCCGCGCAGUGUCUCUGGAAAGCUUCAAGUCGGGGCGAGGGGCCCUUCUGCCAUUUGUAUGCAGCGCGCGACGCCGCCGUGGGCUGUGUACCUCGGGUGACCCAUUUCACGGCUUCAGUGCACCGGCCCCCUAGCACACCGCUUCGCCCCCUGCGCGCACACAACUCCUAUGUCGCAGCUUGCGUCGUUUGCGAAAAACCCCGGGCUUUGCGACCGGGCUUUGGUGAAGCCAUGUGCUGAAAAAGGCUUUUGUUUGUCCCUCCGCUCUCACAAUCGGUGGGCCGCUGUUUGCUUAAACACAUGAGGAAGCGCGUGUUCUGUGUACUACGAUGUUAAUGCUAGAUAGAGAAUUGUGCAUUCUCGAUGGGGGGGAGGGAGAACCCUGAAAGAAGCAUACGUUGUAGUGUCUAUACAAUCCCCACUGUACUUUAACGCCUAGUUUGUUUUCUGCAAAAAAAAAAAAAACAGAGCACGUGAAAAAGGCUCGACAGAACUCGGGUAAAUUUUUCUGGCUCAAGCGACAAGUGGUCUUCGAAGACCGUUCUAAGAAGGAAAUAUUCUGUGCACUUGCUCAACGUAGCGGCAAAAUACAGCAUGUGCAUAGGUUAUUAAUUUGUACACACAUCCAUUUUGUAUGUUAUCACCGACUCCAUGCAUCAUGUUUCACAUAUUCGGUGGUCUCCAUGUCGAAAAAAAAAAAACGCAACUUAGGAGUGUCGCCGCCCAGUGUGAAACGUCUUGUCGUUAUUCGGCGGUGUCUGAUUCCUUCUUCCGUUGUCAGUACCGUGUACGCUGAUGGCGAUUUGGACACAGAUGCCGUCGAUUCUAGUACCCGAGAUAACAAUCUAACUGUGUGUAUAGCAGCGGCGAUCUUCUACACCUCUACCAAACGCCCACAGACGCGCUUCUUGACGCACCGUGAAGCGUGGGUCAUGGGUGAGUCGGAUCCUGCACCUCGUUGUCCAUACGAGAUGCAUGGGCCAAGUCAGAUGUGAACUUGCUUUUCGGAAGAGUUCGGCGCACACUGGAUAUCAAAAACAAAGUAGCAGUUUAGGCCAAAAAGGAUCCCGCCAAUUUUCGCCGCUUCUUGUACCUUUUGUCGAAUUUCCCACAAUUGCGAAAAUCGAGAGAAAAAAAAAACGACUCCCGAAAAUGUAAACUUGGAGUGUGGCUAGUCUUUGUUGACUUGGAAUGAAGAAGGAAAAGAAGAGACGUUGCCAUAUUUUAACGUUGCAUGGCACGCGUUCUGCGUGCCUCACGAGCGUCACAUUCACGUGUCGUACUAUCUAAGAAAUGGUUGCUGGAUACAUUUAAAAACCAAGGUAUCGCAAAAGAAUUGUUGAGAGCUGUGGACCGGUAUAAUGUCGUUGUUCUUGUUGGAGUUUAACGUCCCAAAGCCACCAUAUGGUUAUGAGAGACGCCGUAGUGGAGGGCUCCGGAAAUUUUGACCACUUAGAGUUAUUUAAUAUGCACUCAAAUAUGAGCACAUUGGCAUACAUAAUUUUUGCCUCCAUCGAAAAUGCGGCUGCCGCAGCGGGGAUUCGAUCCCGCGACCGGCGGGUCAGCAGCCGAGUACCUUAGGAUCUAGACCACCAUGGCAGGUGACUGGUGUAAUGUCACCAUUUGCUUUAUACCGAUAUUAUUAUUAUUAUUAUUAUUAUUAUUAUUAUUAUUAUUAUUAGCCCUUGAUCGCAGGCUUGUCGUCUGUACUGUCGAAUGGGCCCGCUACACGAAACACAAAAUGGAUUCAAUAUGGUGCGGAACAAUUGUGUUUACACUGGCCCUGACUACUUUCAGCAUUAGCCGGCGACGUUCUGUGUCGAUAACAUCAAAAUGGUGAGGCGCAAAGCCUAGCCACGUAGUGACUAUCCAAAUCCCGCAAAAUUGGCUUUCAGAUCUUAACCCACGCGGAUAUCUCUCCGAAAAGUUUUCACGAUCUGGCUUGCGCCCGAAGAGCCGUCGAGAGUGACAACGCGAUCGCCGAACAAGGGGCUGUGCCAUUCAGCAGGCCCCUUUGGGUCGGGUGUCGUUCGUUACGCCAUACGUAUUGCUGCAGCUGUGCCGCCUCUGCGCGAGCCCAUCCACUUUGUCUCGAAUGCAAUGUUCUGGAAGCUCGGCCAACUUUCUCAGUUCCGCUGUCCCAGCCAUCGGGAUGGCAUCAGAAGAAGGAACAUAUCACAAGUGGCCAACAGUUUACAAACCUCCAUUUGGAACGAGUCGCGUUGCUGUACAAACACUUUCUCUGUGUCUACCACUUUGCACAAACCACAGGGUAGUCUACGCCGACGAAGAGGGAAUAAGAAAGGAUUAUCCUUGCGUGCUAUACGUUACAGGUGUAUCUACUCACGCUCAUGUUCCACGUUCAUUCGUCACGCCAUUUAUUUUGUUCGCUUAGGUGUAGCAUACGUCUUGUACAUUUUGUUUAUGUAUAUAUAAAGAAAUAUUGCUAUUGUCAUUGCUAUUACCAAUUAUCACCAGACGUUGUCACUUCCGUCGCCAUUAAGCAACGUUCGCUGGGCAUCCGUUGAGUGUGUAUAAUUUAAUGUACAUUGCCAUUAAAGAAAGAAACGUAUUGUUGAUAUAA